CUGCCAACCCAAACACCAACGCUGACGAACGAAAAGAAGGACCGCCUUGAGCCAGCUGGUCUAUUGUCGUUGUUGGCGUGUCAAGUGAGCGUUCCGUCCCAUUCCGCGACGAGCCGAGUCAUACACCAAAGGCAACAGGCACACGCACGCACACACAUCGUCGUCUUUUGACGCUUUGCGACCAAAGAGCAAGCAACCAUGGGCUGCUGUGGUGGUGGCGGGUCCAGCGUUGAGCCUGCUGGACAGCCCCGGGCAACCACGCCCGGCCCAUACAAGAAGCGAUCCUGCACCGACAUUCUUUUUCUCGCCCUCUUCCUCGCCUUCUGGGCAGGCAUGAUUGGCAUCGCUUACGUGGCCUACACCGAAGGCGAUCCAGAGCGCCUCAUCUCCGGUACCGACAGCUUUGGAAACGUGUGUGGCAGGAACAACUCCAACCAGGUCAUCAACAGCACGAACUCGGGCCUGGACAUGACGAACCGCUCCUUUGUGUUCUUCUACAACUCUGGCAACUCGGAUGCCCUGCGCCUGUGCGUGUCCGCGUGCCCCGAAGUGACCACGGACUUCAGCAGCAGCGAGUACUGUGUGAGCGAAGCGCCGUACACGUUCCUCUCCGCUGAUGAGGGCAAGGUCAGCGACGCAGAUUUCAACAUUGAUGCUAGUGGCUGCCCGACUACAGACGCAAGCAGCUACGUGUCUGUGCUGUCGCGCUGCGUGGCCGUUGACCUGUCCACGUUUGCCGCCAGCUCCUACUUCCAGGACGGCGAGGUGGUGUCGCAGGUUGUCGACGACCUUGACCAGGCCUGGCGACCCAUGCUGUACCUCUGCCUCGUCGCCGUGUUCAUAGCGCUCCUCAUGAUCCUCCUCAUGAGCUGCUUCGCAUCCAUCCUCAUCUGGGUCACCUACGUCCUCUCCUUCGUCUGCUGCAUCGGGGCGAUUGCGUACAUGUGGUACCGGUGGCACGAGCUUGACCAGGCGUACAACGACACGCCCGUGUCACAGCGGCUGCAGAGCGAGAAGGACAACGUCAACUUCUACUUCAACGGCGGUAUCGUCGUCUCCAUCGUCUGCGGGAUCAUCCUUCUGAUUCUGCUUGUGCUGCGGUCACGCCUUGCACUUCUGGUCGCGCUCUUCAAAGAGGCCGGACGCGCCAUCCGAAAAAUGCCCGCCAUGCUCCUCUUCCCCUUUUCGACGUUCGUGAUUGUCAUGCUGGACAUUGCGUACUUUGUCGGCGUGUAUGUGUUCCUGUACACCGCUGGCACAGCGGAGGCGACGGCAAUUGGUCACGUCUCGUACAAGAGCAACAACACCCUCGUCUACAUGCAGUGGUACCACGUGUUUGGUUUCCUCUGGGCCGUUCAGCUCGCGUUUGCCAUCCAAGAGUUUACGCUCGCCGGCGCCGUGUCCCGCUGGUAUUUCUCGUCCAACAAGUCCGAUCUUGGCUGGCCAAUCUUUGCUUCCCUGAAGAACGCUUUCAGGUACCAUCUGGGCUCGCUUGCUCUCGGCGCCAUGAUUAUCGCACUCGUGCAGCUUGCACGCAUCAUCCUCGCAUACGUUCAGGCAAAGCUGCAGGGGCGGUCUGGCCCUGUUGUUGACAUCCUGCUCAAGUGCUGCUCGUGCUGCCUGUGGUGCAUGGAGAAAGUGCUCAAGUACAUCAACCGCAACGCCUACAUCGAGAUUGCCAUCUACGGCUACUCCUUCUGCAAGGGUGCCCGCGAGGCGUUCAGCACGCUUCUCCGCAACGCCCUUCGUGUCGCCACCAUCAACUCUGUUGGCUCGUUUGUGCUGCUGCUCAGCAAGCUGGUUGUUGUCGCCUCCGUUGGCUUUGGCUCGCUCUACUGGUUCGAGCAAACGCUCAACCUGACCUAUCCGGCCGUGCCUGUGUUCGUCGUGUGCAUCGUCGCCUGGAUCAUCUCCACCAUCUUCACCGGCGUCUAUGACAUGACCAUUGACACGGUCUUCCUGUGCUUCGCGGAGGAUUCCGAACGCAACGACGGCUCCGUCUCCCGUCCGCUCUACGCCAGCACCAACUUGCUCAAGUUCAUGGACAGCGCAAAGGUUGCAGAGCAAAAGAAGCAGCGCAAGCAGCAAACGCCAACACAGGCCUUUUCGUCCGGCGAAUGAACCCACUUCCUCUGUCUGACGGGUGUUUUGACUGCCAUGGGCAUUGUGUGUGCGUCUGUGUGUGUGUGUGUGUGUGUGUGUGUGUGCAUUUGAGACAGCGUCCUGACUUCAUCAGCCGUCGCUCCUUAUGACUUCGUUCUCUUGACGUGUGUUUUGUGGGUGGUUCGCCUGUGCUUCUUGGUUGGCAUGUUUUGCUGGUGUUCCUCAUCUUUGACCCGCCAGCAGCGCAUUUUGCUGUUGCGGAUGAUCCCUCUUCCUAUGGUGUGGGUCUGCAAGUGUGGCAGCCAUGCUCUGUGGUGUGCUGUGUGCGUGCGUGUGUGUUUUUCAUUUUGUCAUCUUCGCUGUGCGCACGCGUUGCCGUCAUGAUGUCAUCGCUGUCUGUGAGGAGUUGUUUCUCCUUCUUCCAAAACGGCAGCAAGCGCAAAUUGCAUUCAACAACAGUCCCUUGAAAUGAUGACAUGCGCAAAC